AUGUCGGCCAACGAUGCCACACAUAAUGGCAUAAUUGUCCCUGCGGAUGGUCAGAAUACAGAUACCAUGGGAAAACUAGCACACGCAGUACUGGACGAUAUCGUGUAUAACAUAAUCCACGACAUAGUGCUCAAAGCACAUCGGGAAGAAAAGAUGGCAAGGGCAUCGACUGCAGCUACUCUUGUCGAGCAAAAAGCUAUACGAGAAGCACCUCUCUCGGACGAUCCCACAGUUUCGGCUACACGACCUCCCAUAAAAGUCGAGACAGAGACUGCGAUAUACGACAGCGGAGAGGUGUAUAUAAAAGGCAAUCCGAUGAAAACUACGACCGAAAUAAUCUGUCCGAAAUGCCAUCUCCCUCGACUUCUCUACCCAACCGACGGUAAUGGGGCACGCAAACCAGAACCUGGGGUAGAAUACUGCAAGAAGCGUCCCUAUAUAGACAAACCUUACCACGACAUCUACGGGCAGACCUUCCAAAUGGAAGGGCCCGGCCGCGGCAAGAAAAAGAAAGAUAUGGUCAACCCACUCCUGCAAACCGCCAAAGAAGGCACACCCUCGGGUAGCCAAGAUUCGCCCAACCCGUCCCCCCCACCCGGCGAAGGGCCCCCCAAACCCAUCUCCUUUCCACACGCCAAAUGCCAUAACUGCAACACCUUUCUCCCCAUAAAACGCAUGAACAACCACAUGAUAAAAUGCAUUGGGGGUGGGGGCCGUGACUCCUCCCGUCAAGCGCUCCUCAAGAUCCAAAACAACGGCACCUCAUCCAACAGCCAAAGCCAGAACGGAUCCACGCCGCCCGCCUCACGAACCGGAACUCCAGCGCCAUCCCCAAACAAACGCCAAGCGGGCGACGACUUUGAUAGCGAUUCAAGCCCGCAGAAGAAGAAGAAGGUGCUUAAGAAGACGGCGGCUACCAAGUUAAAGGCACCGAAGAUGGCGCGGAGUAAUAGUCAGAUGUCAAGCUCGAAUUUGAGUUUUGAGCAGAAGGCUCCUAAUAGCGAGGACGACGAUGAUGGGGAGGAUGAGGCAGAUGGCGAAUAUGGGACUGUGGUCGUUGAACCUACGAAAAAGAAAGCUGCUGCGAAUAAACCCCUGGGUAAGAAAAUGAGCAAUGGUACGAAUGGUGGUGAGAAGAAGAAGAAAUGGUUACAUGGCGGCAAAAGCGGCGUGAAAGGGAGUGCAGGAACACCGAUUGUGCCGGGCGCGACGCCUACGAGUCUAAAACUGAAAAUUAAACCAGGUGGCUUGGAGACGAAGGUCUUGCCGCCGAAGAGUGUCGUUCCUGCCAAGACGGCGCCGAAUGGCAAUGGGAAUGGGAAGAGCAGAGCGGAGUCAGAGUCAAGUCAGACGUUAUCGAGUCCCAAUUAA